UAUAGUCAUUAAUAUUAUAAUUAACUACGAUUUGACGUGAUUUGACGACACUUAAUUUCAAGGAUAUAAGAUUAACUCGGUUUUUUUUUUCGUUUGUUUGUCGGUGCGUGAUGCCCGAAAACGGUCAAAAUAUUUUCAGGACACAGCGUAUUACGAGUAAAUAACGUACGACGAUGUCGAAAAACAUAGUAGCUCUGUUGUUGUUCGUUUCGUUUGCCUGCGUUUUCGGUUCCGAUGGACGCUUUUACUCCGCGGGAGCCGGCGUGCCAAACGGAAUGGACGUUUACCGACUUCCAGGAGAUACGACACCGGUAUCGUACGAGUUGAACAUUACGACGGACUACAAUCGCUUUAAGGACGACAUCGACUACGACGCCGAGGUAGAGAUUUUGAUCGACGUAAAAUCGAGGACUUCGACGAUAACGUUGAACUGCAACGAUAUUCUGAUUUACGUGGUGUACGUGCACACAAAAAUAAGCGAAGACAACGUCGACGUAAUCGAAGUGAGCAACGACCCCGAAAAUGAGCAGUGCAAAAUUUUUUUGAAAUCCAAACUACAGGUUGGAAUUCAAUACGUGCUAAACAUCGAAUAUCACGUUAACAUCAAAGUAAACAACAUGGAAGGAUUCUACAAAAGCACAUACAACGACAAAAACAAUCAUAAAGAAUGGUUGCUCCUGACAUAUUUAGAACCGACCGGGGCAAGGAGGAUAUUACCGUGUUACGACGAACCGUCGUACAAGACGCCUUUCAACAUAUCACUGACUAGACCGAGAAACAAAGAGUCAAGAUCCAACAUGCCGCUUUACAAGAGUUAUUACGAUAAAUCCGCGGAAAAGACUGGUGACAUUUUCGUCCAGACGCCGCCGAUUGCCACACACAUGAUCUCGUUCGUCGUCAGUGGAUUUGUUUCGAAGAGUGCUGGCACCGCAGCCGGCCAAAGUCCCGUGUACGUGUUCUCAGACGAGGGCCGCUUGGACCAAUUGCGAUACGUCUCCGGUGAGGCUCCGAAGCUGCUGUCGGCCAUGGAGAAGUUUACGGAAGUGCAAUACGAGUUACCCAAGCUGGACUUGUUCGCCAUACCGGAUUUCAAGUCGGACGCCAUGGGCAACUGGGGGCUGAACACAUUUCGUGAAAAAUAUUUGUUACUGGACGAUAUGUCCAGUUCUAAAGCCAACGAAUCAGGGCUAUCGAUGGUUCAACGUGAGAUGGCUCGUCAGUGGUUCGGAAACCUGGUUACGUGCUCCUGGUGGGACUACCUUUGGCUGCACGAUGCGUUUGCCGCGUACUUUCAGUACUUUUCCAUGGACUUGGUCUACCCAGAUUGGAGGAUGAACCAAAUGUUCGUGGUCGAACGGCACCAGCGGGCUUUGGAGUACGAUCAAGCGCCCAGGCGUCCGAUUACCACGUCCGUGCAUACUCCAGACGAAAUAAAUGAUGCGUUUUACGACCAGACUUACGCCAAGGCCUCUGCCUUUUUACGGAUGUUGAAAUACACUACCAACGACACUAUAUUCCAACAGUCAUUAGUCCGAUACUUGAAUCAGAACAAAUACGUGUCGGUAGUUCCCGAUGUAUUGUUUGCGGCAUUUGAGUACACUAUAUCCGAAUAUAAAUUUGAUUUUGGACAAGGUGUCACGGUUACCAAUUUCAUGAAACAGUGGACAGAACAGGCUGGAUACCCAAUGAUUAAUGUAUCAAAGGUCAAUGACGAGUUUAUAGUAACUCAAGAAAGGUGUCUAAUGGACACUCCCGACAAAAUAACUGAUUUGUCUAAAUGGUACAUAGGGAUCACUUAUACGACAGAAUCCAGUAAAAAUUUUGAAAACUUUACGGUAGCCACAUGGUGUAAGCCGGACAUGGACAAAUGUGUCUUGUCAGCUCCGCAAAACAACGGGUGGUUCAUAUUCAAUGUUCAAUCUACUGGUUUUUACAGGGUUAACUACGACACUGACAAUUGGUCGUUAUUGAUCAGACAAUUGAAAGAAACGCCAAAUGAUAUUCACGUAAUCAAUCGUGCCCAACUGAUUGACGAUUCGUUCAACUUAGCUAGGGCUGAUAAAUUACAUUAUUCAGUUCCAUUAAGAAUAUCAUCAUAUUUAAAAAUGGAAGAAGACGUAUUGCCAUGGUAUUCCGUGAUAAACGGAUAUGCAUACUUAAUAGAACGCAUGCGGCGCAAUGAUACAGAGUAUUCAGAUUUAAAAGAAUGCGUUAGUAAUUUGGCAGGAAUUAUUUAUAAAAAAACUGAAGACCAAGUAGUUGAGAAAAAAAAUACAGACCACAUUAUUCUUACCAGCUGGAAUGCAUUCUCAGUAUGGGCAUGUCAAUUGAAUAAUGAGAUGUGCAUACAAUCGGCGUUCGAUUACUACACAAAAUGGAAAAAUGGAGAAAAAAUACCCCCAGAUAUUAGAGACGCUGCAUUCUGUGUUGGCGUGCAUAUAACAAAUGAAACUUCAACCUGGGAACAAAUGUUUGAUUUGUAUAAAACAACACGAUCACCCUCUGAAAAGCAGUCAGCACAAACAGCAUUGGCAUGCACAGAGAACGAUGCACUUUUGUCGAGAUAUUUAAACUAUAUAUUUGAGACUGAAGACGGACCAAUUAGAAAACAAGAUUAUAAAGAUGUUUUUAAAGCGGUAUCCAGUACGCCAAUAGGACUUGAUGUUUUAAUAGAUUUUCUGGUACAAAAUCUGAAUGAAAUAACAAAAAAAUUAACUGAUGGAGAUGACAUAGCAAUAUUCAUUUACUCAAUAUGCGCAUCAAAAGUAGCAUUGGAUUCUGAAAUCGAUAAACUAAAAAAAUUGAAAGAUGAUCCAAACACACCUGAAAAUCUCAGAAAAUCAUUCAAUAAAUGCUACAAUCAAGUGGAUAAUAACUUGUACUGGUAUAAUAAAUACCAUGAAAUAGUGAACCAAAACACAGGUUGUUCCCGCGAAUAUACAACAACUGACGAACCAAAAACAUCAACAACGCAACAACAAACGACUGAAAUAUUCACACAACCUACCCCUGAAACAACAAUGACUGAAUAUACGUCAUCUUCUACAGAACGAUCAACACAAUCAUCUUCAGAGAGUACAACAUUAUCACAGGGCACAGACCCAACGACACAUGCCUCUACGGAGACAUCAAUUAGUGAAACUUCUAUCACCCAAGAAACACCACCAACAGCAACGUCCACAGAGGGUACCACACUGACACAAGGUACAGGCUCAACGACACAUAUCUCUACGGAGACAUCAAUUGGUGAAACUACUGUAACACAAGAAACACCAGCAACAGCAACGUCCACAGAGGGUACAACAUUAUCACAAGGCACAGGCUCAACGACACAUGUUUAUACAGAGACGACUGUUGAAACAACUGUCACUCAAGAAACACCACCAACAGCAACGUCCACAGAGGGUACAACAUUAUCACAAGGAACGGGCUCAACGACACAUGUUUAUACAGAGACACCAACUGGUGAAACUACUGUCACUCAAGAAACACCACCAACAGCAACGUCCACAGAGGGUACAACAUUAUCACAAGGCACAGGCUCAACGACACAUGUUUAUACAGAGACAUCAACUGGUGAAUCUACUGUAACACAAGAAACACUACCUACUGAAUAUUCACCAACAGCAACGUCAACAGAGAGUACAACACAGUCACAAGGAACAGGCUCAACGACUCAUGUUUAUACAGAGAUAUCAACUAGUGAAUCUACUGUAACACAAGAAACACCAUCAACACCAAUUUCCACAGAGGGUACAACACAGUCAAAAAGUACAGGUUCAACGACACAUGUUUAUACAGAGACGACUGUUGAAACUACUGUCACUCAAGAAACACCACCAACAGCAACGUCCACAGAGGAUACAACAUUAUCACAAGGAACGGGCUCAACGACACAUGUUUAUACAGAGACAUCAAUUGGUGAAACUACUGUAACACAAGAAACACCACCAACAGCAACGUCCACAGAGGGUACAACAUUAUCACAAGGCACAGGCUCAACGACACAUGUUUAUACAGAGACAUCAACUGGUGAAUCUACUGUAACACAAGAGACACUACAUACUGAAUAUUCACCAACAGAAACGUCUACAGAGGGUACAACAUUAUCACAAGGCAUAAGCUCAACGACACAUAUCUCUACGGAGACAUCAAUUGGUGAAACUACUGUAACACAAGAAACACCACCAACAGCAACGUCCACAGAGGGUACAACACUGACACAAGGUACAGAUUCAACGACACAAGUUUAUACGCAAUCAUCAAUCGGUAAAACUACUGUUACCCAAGAAACACCACCAACAGCGACGUCCACAGAGGGUACAACAUUAUCACAAGGAACGGGCUCAACGACACAUGUUUAUACAGAGACACCAACUGGUGAAACUACUGUAACACAAGAAACACUACCUACUGAAUAUUCACCAACAGCAACGUCCACAGAGGGUACAACAUUAUCACAAGGCACAGACUCAACGACACAUAUCUUUACGGAGACAUCAAUUGGUGAAACUACUGUCACUCAAGAAACACCACCAACAGCAACGUCCACAGAGGGUACAACAUUAUCACAAGGAACGGGCUCAACGACACAUGUUUAUACAGAGACACCGACUGGUGAAACGACUGUCACCCAAACAACACCAUCAACACCAAUUUCCACAGAGGGUACAACACAGUCAAAAAGUACAGGUUCAACGACACAUGCUUAUACAGAGACGACUGUUGAAACUACUGUCACUCAAGAAACACCACCAACAGCAACGUCCACAGAGGAUACAACAUUAUCACAAGGAACGGGCUCAACGACACAUGUUUAUACAGAGACAUCAAUUGGUGAAACUACUGUAACACAAGAAACACCACCAACAGCAACGUCCACAGAGGGUACAACAUUAUCACAAGGUACCGGCUCAACGACACAUGUUUAUACGGAGACACCGACUGCUGAAACUACUGUCACCCAAGAAACACCACCAACAGCAACGUCCACAGAGGGUACAACAUUAUCACAAGGCACAAGCUCAACGACACAUAUCUUUACGGAGACAUCAAUUGGUGAAACUACUGUAACACAAGAAACACCACCAACAGCAACGUCCACAGAGGGCACAGGCUCAACGACACAUGUUUAUACAGAGACGACUGGUGAAACUACUGUUACCCAUGAAACAACACAAACAGCAAUGUCCACAGAGGGUACAACAUUAUCACAAGGCACAGGCUCAACGACACAUGUUUAUACAGAGACAUCAACUGGUGAAUCUACUGUAACACAAGAAACACUACCUACUGAAUAUUCACCAACAGCAACGUCAACAGAGAGUACAACACAGUCACAAGGAACAGGCUCAACGACUCAUGUUUAUACAGAGAUAUCAACUAGUGAAUCUACUGUAACACAAGAAACACUACCUACUGAAUAUUCACCAACAGCAACGUCCACAGAGGGUACAACAUUAUCACAAGGCACAGACUCAACGACGCAUGUUUAUACAGAGACACCGACUGGUGAAACUACUGUCACCCAAACAACACCAUCAACACCAAUUUCCACAGAGGGUACAACAUUAUCACAAGGCACAGGCUCAACGACACAUGUUUAUACAGAGACAUCAACUGGUGAAUCUACUGUAACACAAGAAACACUACCUACUGAAUAUUCACCAACAGCAACGUCAACAGAGAGUACAACACAGUCAAAGGGAACAGGCUCAACGACUCAUGUUUAUACAGAGAUAUCAACUGGUGAAUCUACUGUAACACAAGAAACACUACCUACUGAAUAUUCACCAACAGCAACGUCAACAGAGAGUACAACACAGUCAAAAGGAACAGGCUCAACGACACAUGUUUAUACAGAGACGACUGGUGAAACUACUGUCACCCAAGAAACACCACCAACAGCAACGUCCACAGAGGGUACAACAUUAUCACAAGGCACAGGCUCAACGACACAUGUUUAUACAGAGACAUCAACUGGUGAAUCUACUGUAACACAAGAAACACUACCUACUGAAUAUUCACCAACAGCAACGUCAACAGAGAGUACAACACAGUCAAAAGGAACAGGCUCCACGACUCAUGUUUAUACAGAGAUAUCAACUAGUGAAACUACUGUAACACAAGAAACACCACCAACAGCAACGUCCACAGAGGGUACAACAUUAUCACAAGGCACAAGCUCAACGACACAUGUUUAUACAGAGACAUCAACUGGUGAAUCUACUGUAACACAAGAAACACUACCUACUGAAUAUUCACCAACAGCAACGUCAACAGAGAGUACAACACAGUCAAAAGGAACAGGCUCAACGACUCAUGUUUAUACAGAGAUAUCAACUAGUGAAACUACUGUAACACAAGAAACACCACCAACAGCAACGUCCACAGAGGGUACAACAUUAUCACAAGGCACAGGCUCAACGACACAUGUUUAUACAGAGACGACUGGUGAAACUACUGUCACCCAAGAAACACCACCAACAGCAACGUCCACAGAGGGUACAACAUUAUCACAAGGCACAGACUCAACGACGCAUGUUUAUACAGAGACACCGACUGGUGAAACUACUGUCACCCAAACAACACCAUCAACACCAAUUUCCACAGAGGGUACAACAUUAUCACAAGGCACAGGCUCAACGACACAUGUUUAUACAGAGACGACUGGUGAAACUACUGUCACCCAAGAAACACCACCAACAGGAACUUCCACAGAGGGUACAACAUUAUCACAAGGCACAGGCUCAACGACACAUGUUUAUACAGAGACAUCAACUGGUGAAUCUACUGUAACACAAGAAACACUACCUACUGAAUAUUCACCAACAGCAACGUCAACAGAGAGUACAACACAGUCAAAAGGAACAGGCUCAACGACUCAUGUUUAUACAGAGAUAUCAACUAGUGAAACUACUGUAACACAAGAAACACCACCAACAGCAACGUCCAAAGAGGGUACAACAUUAUCACAAGGCACAGGCUCAACGACACAUGUUUAUACAGAGACAUCAACUGGUGAAUCUACUGUAACACAAGAAACACUACCUACUGAAUAUUCACCAACAGCAACGUCAACAGAGAGUACAACACAGUCAAAAGGAACAAGCUCAACGACUUAUGUUUAUACAGAGAUAUCAACUAGUGAAACUACUGUAACACAAGAAACACCACCAACAGCAACGUCCACAGAGGGUACAACAUUAUCACAAGGCACAGGCUCAACGACACAUGUUUAUACAGAGACGACUGGUGAAACUACUGUCACCCAAGAAACACCACCAACAGCAACGUCCACAGAGGGUACAACAUUAUCACAAGGCACUAGCUCAACGACACAUGUUUAUACAGAGACACCGACUGGUGAAACUACUGUAACCCAAGAAACACCACCAACAGCAACGUCAACAGAGGGUACCACACUGACACAAGGUACAGGCUCAACGACACAUAUCUCUACGGAGACAUCAAUUGGUGAAACUACUGUAACACAAGAAACACCACCAACAUCAACGUCCACAGAGGGUACAACAUUAUCACAAGGCGCAAGGUCAACGACACAUAUCUCUACGGAUACAUCAAUUGGUGAAACUACUGUAACACCAGAAACACCACCAACAGCAACGUCCACAGAGGGUACAACAUUAUCACAAGGCACAGGCUCAACGACACAUGUUUAUACAGAGACGACUGUUGAAACUACUGUCACUCAAGAAACACCACCAACAGCAACGUCCACAGAGGGUACAACACAGUCAAAAGGUACAGGUUCAACGACACAUGUUUAUACAGAGACGACUGGUGAAACUACUGUCACCCAAGAAACACCACCAACAGCAACGUCCACAGAGGGUCAACAUUAUCACAAGGCACAGACUCAACGACGCAUGUUUAUACAGAGACAACCGACUGAGGGUACAACAUUAUCACAAGGCACAGGCUCAACGACUCAUGUUUAUACAGAGAUAUCAACUAGUGAAUCUACUGUAACACAAAAAACACUACCUACUGAAUAUUCACCAACAGCAACGUCCACAGAGGGUACAACAUUAUCACAAGGCACAGGCUCAACGACACAUGUUUAUACAGAGACGACUGGUGAAACUACUGUCACCAAGAAACACCACCAACUGCAACGUCCACAGAGGAUAUCAAUUGGUGAAACUACUGUAACACAAGAAACACCACCAACAGCAACGUCCACAGAGGGUACAACACAGUCAAAAGGAACAGGCUCAACGACUCAUGUUUAUACAGAGAUAUCAACUAGUGAAACUACUGUAACACAAGAAACACCACCAACAGCAACGUCCACAGAGGGUACAACAUUAUCACAAGGCACAGACUCAACGACGCAUGUUUAUACAGAGACACCGACUGGUGAAACUACUGUCACCCAAACAACACCAUCAACACCAAUUUCCACAGAGGGUACAACAUUAUCACAAGGCACAGGCUCAACGACACAUGUUUAUACAGAGACGACUGGUGAAACUACUGUCACCCAAGAAACACCACCAACAGGAACUUCCACAGAGGGUACAACAUUAUCACAAGGCACAGGCUCAACGACACAUGUUUAUACAGAGACAUCAACUGGUGAAUCUACUGUAACACAAGAAACACUACCUACUGAAUAUUCACCAACAGCAACGUCAACAGAGAGUACAACACAGUCAAAAGGAACAGGCUCAACGACUCAUGUUUAUACAGAGAUAUCAACUAGUGAAACUACUGUAACACAAGAAACACCACCAACAGCAACGUCCAAAGAGGGUACAACAUUAUCACAAGGCACAGGCUCAACGACACAUGUUUAUACAGAGACAUCAACUGGUGAAUCUACUGUAACACAAGAAACACUACCUACUGAAUAUUCACCAACAGCAACGUCAACAGAGAGUACAACACAGUCAAAAGGAACAGGCUCAACGACACAUGUUUAUACAGAGACGACUGGUGAAACUACUGUCACCCAAGAAACACCACCAACAGCAACGUCCACAGAGGGUACAACAUUAUCACAAGGCACAGGCUCAACGACACAUGUUUAUACAGAGAUAUCAACUGGUGAAUCUACUGUCACACAAGAAACACUACCUACUGAAUAUUCACCAACAGCAACGUCAACAGAGAGUACAACACAGUCAAAAGGAACAGGCUCAACGACUCAUGUUUAUACAGAGAUAUCAACUGGUGAAUCUACUGUCACACAAGAAACACUACCUACUGAAUAUUCACCAACAGCAACGUCAACAGAGAGUACAACACAGUCAAAAGGAACAGGCUCAACGACACAUGUUUAUACAGAGACGACUGGUGAAACUACUGUCACCCAAGAAACACCACCAACAGCAACGUCCACAGAGGGUACAACAUUAUCACAAGGCACAGGCUCAACGACACAUGUUUAUACAGAGACAUCAACUGGUGAAUCUACUGUAACACAAGAAACACUACCUACUGAAUAUUCACCAACAGCAACGUCAACAGAGAGUACAACACAGUCAAAAGGAACAAGCUCAACGACUUAUGUUUAUACAGAGAUAUCAACUAGUGAAACUACUGUAACACAAGAAACACCACCAACAGCAACGUCCACAGAGGGUACAACAUUAUCACAAGGCACAGGCUCAACGACACAUGUUUAUACAGAGACGACUGGUGAAACUACUGUCACCCAAGAAACACCACCAACAGCAACGUCCACAGAGGGUACAACAUUAUCACAAGGCACAGGCUCAACGACACAUGUUUAUACAGAGACGACUGUUGAAACUACUGUCACUCAAGAAACACCACCAACAGCAACGUCCACAGAGGGUACAACACAGUCAAAAGGUACAGGUUCAACGACACAUGUUUAUACAGAGACGACUGGUGAAACUACUGUCACCCAAGAAACACCACCAACAGCAACGUCCACAGAGGGUACAACAUUAUCACAAGGCACAGGCUCAACGACACAUGUUUAUACAGAGACGACUGUUGAAACUACUGUCACUCAAGAAACACCACCAACAGCAACGUCCACAGAGGGUACAACACAGUCAAAAGGUACAGGCUCAACGACACAUGUUUAUACAGAGACGACUGUUGAAACUACUGUCACUCAAGAAACACCACCAACAGCAACGUCCACAGAGGGUACAACACAGUCAAAAGGUACAGGUUCAACGACACAUGUUUAUACAGAGACGACUGGUGAAACUACUGUAACACAAGAAACACUACCUACUGAAUAUUCACCAACAGCAACGUCAACAGAGAGUACAACACAGUCACAAGGAACAGGCUCAACGACACAUGUUUAUACAGAGACGACUGGUGAAACUACUGUCACCCAAGAAACACCACCAACAGCAACGUCCACAGAGGGUACAACAUUAUCACAAGGCACAGACUCAACGACGCAUGUUUAUACAGAGACACCGACUGGUGAAACUACUGUCACCCAAACAACACUAUCAACACCAAUUUCCACAGAGGGUACAACAUUAUCACAAGGCACAGGCUCAACGACUCAUGUUUAUACAGAGAUAUCAACUAGUGAAUCUACUGUAACACAAGAAACACUACCUACUGAAUAUUCACCAACAGCAACGUCCACAGAGGGUACAACAUUAUCACAAGGCACAGGCUCAACGACACAUGUUUAUACAGAGACGACUGGUGAAACUACUGUCACCCAAGAAACACCACCAACAGCAACGUCUACAGAGGGUAAAACAUUAUCACAAGGAACGGGCUCAACGACACAUGUUUAUACAGAGACAUCAAUUGGUGAAACUACUGUAACACAAGAAACACCACCAACAGCAACGUCCACAGAGGGUACAACAUUAUCACAAGGCACAGGCUCAACGACACAUGUUUAUACAGAGACGACUGGUGAAACUACUGUUACCCAUGAAACAACACAAACAGCAAUGUCCACAGAGGGUACAACAUUAUCACAAGGCACAGGCUCAACGACACAUGUUUAUACAGAGACAUCAACUGGUGAAACUACUGUAACACAAGAAACACCACCAACAGCAACGUCCACAGAGGGUACAACAUUAUCACAAGGCACAGGCUCAACGACACAUGUUUAUACAGAGACGACUGGUGAAACUACUGUUACCCAUGAAACAACACAAACAGCAAUGUCCACAGAGGGUACAACAUUAUCACAAGGCACAGGCUCAACGACACAUAUCUUUACGGAGACAUCAAUUGGUGAAACUACUGUAACACAAGAAACACCACCAACAGCAACGUCCACAGAGGGUACAACACUGACACAAGGUACAGAUUCAACGACACAAGUUUAUACGCAAUCAUCAAUCGGUAAAACUACUGUUACCCAAGAAACACCACCAACAGCGACGUCCACAGAGGGUACAACAUUAUCCCAAGGCACAAGCUCAACGACACAUGUUUAUACAGAGACGACUGGUGAAACUACUGUCACCCAAGAAACACCACCUACUGAAUAUCCACCAACACUAACCUCUACAGAGGGUACAACACUGUCACACGGAACAGGCUCAACAACACAUGUUUAUACAGAGACAUCAACUGGUGAAACGACUGUCACCCAAGAAACACCACCAACAGUAACGUCCACAGAGGGUACAACACUGACACAAGGUACAGAUUCAACGACACAAGUUUAUACGCAAUCAUCAAUCGGUAAAACUACUGUUACCCAAGAAACACCACCAACAGCGACGUCCACAGAGGGUACAACAUUAUCACAAGGCACAGGCUCAACGACACAUGUUUAUACAGAGGCGACUGGUGAAACUACUGUCACCCAAGAAACACCACCUACUGAAUAUCCACCAACAGUAACCUCUACAGAGGGUACAACACUGUCACGCGGAACAGGCUCAACAACACAUGUUUAUACAGAGACAUCAACUGGUGAAACGACUGUCACCCAAGAAACACCACCAACAGUAACGUCCACAGAGGGUACAACACUGUCACAAGUUACAGAUUCAACGACACAAGCUUAUACGCAAUCAUCAACUGGAGAAACUACAGUAUCAGAAUACCCUUCAACUUCUACUGUACUCUCAACUAUAUCUUCAACUCAAGAUACAACAUUAUCUCAAGGAACCGAUUCAACAACACACAUUUAUACACAGUCAUCAACUGUAGAUACUACCGUAUCAGAACAUACUGAAAGACCUUCUACAUAUCAACCAACGCCAACGUCUACAGAGGGUUCAACACUACCACAAGGCACAGAUUCAACGACACAUGUUUAUACCGAAACAUCUACAUUAGAUACUACAGUAUCAGAACAUCCAUCACCUUCUACAGAACGGACAACUGUAUCUUCACCAAAGUUUACUACUGUAUCUCGAGGGACUGAUUCGACAACACACAUUUAUACGGAGAUUUCAACUGUGGAAUCUACUGUUUCUGAAUAUCCUUAUUCUACUACCAGUACUACCACUCCAGCACCAUUUGAUAUUGACCCUCAUUUUUUAAUUUAUUUCUAUUAUAUUUUUAUUUUUGCCAUUAUUGUUGUAAUAAUUAUAAUUUUCUUUUUGCGUAGGUAUUCUCAAAGUAAUUACACUAGCAAUUGCACUUAUAUUUCGGUUGUUUAAUUUUUUACCAAUAAUAGGUAUUCGAUUUAAUUUUCUUUCUUAAUUUUUACAAUGCAUAGGUAUGUUUUGUAUGUUUGAUGUUAUAGUCAAAUAUUUUCAAUCUUUUUUAUAAUCUUUUCUUUUAUUAUAAUUUGUAUCAUACCUAAUUUAAUUUAAUUUUAUAGUUUUUAGUCACUAAGAUUAAUUAUUAGCCUUAUUUUUUAUUAUCGCGUGUGUUUUUAUAUGUUGUGUGUGUUAUGCUUUGUAUUUAGUGCUAUUAUAUAUUUCUGACUUAUUUUGCUUAUUUUGUGUUCUAUUAGAAAUUACUUCUAUUGAAUUUGAAUUUUUCUCUUGUUAUUCUUUUUUCAUUUCCUUUCCUUUUUUUAUAAAUGAUUCAUCAUUAUCUCCAUUACUUCAGGGUUUACCAAAGCUCUGUUUUUUUUUUUUUUUUUUUUUUAAAUUGUUUUUAAAUAGAUUUUAUUUGUUAAAUAUUUGUUUUAUUACCUAUUUUUUGGUGUUAUAUACCACAGAAUUAUUUAUACUGAAUUUUCAUUUGAUUAUUAUAAAAUAUAAUUUUUAUUUUCUUUUUAUUGCAGUUUUUUAAAUAGUGUUUUAUUAUUUCUUUUUAUUCAAAAUUAUUUUAAACUUUUACUCUACAAAAUAUUCUUAUUUGACAUAAUAGUUAUAUAGAAGCCAUUAAAUUAAUAGUCAUAAGUAUGUAUGUUGAUUAGAGAUCUAAUAAUAUCUAAUAAAGCUGUUUCCUAAAUUAUUUUCCCCAAGCUUUCCCUACUUUCAAGGGGAUUCGACAACCUUACUCUGGAUUGGUCAUAUUGUCGUGCUUUGAUAGGCACAAAGAAUGAUCAAGGGAUUUAUGUUUUAAAGAACAAAAAAUUGCUCAAAAAUGGAGGUAUAAUAAUUAUAGUUAACACAGUAUCACAACAAAGCUUCGACGUUAAUAAAUCAAUAGCACAUCUAAGGUUGUUGGCAGCAAGUAAAUAAUAUUGAUAAUAAGCUUACUAGUUAUAUUAUGGUGUGAAGUUACUUAUGUUUUUUUUUUUUAGAUCAAAUGGAUGCGAAACUCGUCUAAGUUGACUUUAAUUUAUGAUUUAAUAUUAUAAAUGUAUACAAUAUUUAAAAUUAUUAUUAUUCGUUUUCGUUAUUGUGAAAUGUAUGACUGUUUUCUGUCAUUUGUUUGUUUAUUUAAUAAGAGCGUUGGUAUAGUAUAAUGUAUAACAU